ACAGAUCCACAGGAUUACUGAGUUUCUCUGCAGGAUCAGGAGCAGAGAAACCGGGAUGGCUCUCUAUGGACGACUGCUGCUGCUGCUGCUACUGGGGUUCUGCUGGCUGGCCCUGGACCCGGUUUUGGCGCAGGUCCGACACCCUCUACCGGUGCUAUGGAUGAUGCCGCUGAGCUCCGGGUCGUGGAGGCAGAACCUGACGGCCGGCGUGGUACCGGCUGUCCGACUGGCUCUGCAGGAUCUGGAGGACCAACCGCCGCCGCUAGGAAACUACGAGGUCCAGCUGCAGCUGCUGGACUCUCAGUGUGAUCCUGCCAAAGCGCUCAAAGCUCUGUUUGACGCCAUGUGGGCGGGGCCAAAGCACCUGCUGCUGAUUGGAGGGGUGUGUCCACCUGUGACGGCACUCAUCGCUCGCUCUCUGCCAGCUCUUCACCUGGUGCAGGUGUCCUUCGCCGCCUCGUCCCCUGGUCUGUCCAACAGGAAGUGGUUCGGGAACCUGUUCAGCACCAUGCCGUCGGACCGAGUCCUGAAUCAGGCUGCAGUGAAGCUGCUGCAGCGCUUCAGGUGGACCAGAGUUGGAGUCAUCACACAGGAAGGAGCGCGACUCUCCGAGAUGAAGAAGGAUCUGCUCCGACAGCUGCUGAAGGCAGACGUGCAGCUCGUGGCCUCAGAAAGUUUCUCUGCAGACGCCUGCAGCAGCCUGAAGAAGCUGAAGGAUGGAGACGCUCGCAUCAUCAUCGCACACUUUGAAGACGAUUCAGCGUCAGAGGUUUUCUGCUGCGCGUACAGACUGAACCUGUUUGGACCUCGGUACCAGUGGAUCGUGUCCGGAACAGGACCGGGCUGGAGGCUCGGCUGGAAGGCUUCCGGCUGCUCAGCCAACAGUCUACUGACGGCUGCAGACGGAUCCAUCAGGCUGCAGAUCAGACUGCUGAGCAGAACCAACAUAGUCGGAGACUCUGGACGGACUCCUCAGGACUACCAGGACUCGUACCUGCGACACCUGGACCAGAACUCUGAGGUCGGCCUGCUGCACUCCUUCGCCUACGAUGCCGUUUGGGUCGCGGCCCGAGCUCUGGUUCAGGUCAUGGAGGCGCAAAAACACCAACAGAAGUACAACCGGAACGUGACGGUCAGUGAGGAGGCGACGGAGAGGAUGCUGCUGGAGGUCCUGAAGGGCUCCCAGUUCCAAGGAGUCACGGGUCCAGUUUCUUUCAGAAAUGGGGAGAGAAUGACAUCAGUUGAGCUGAUCCAGUUCCAAGGCAGCAGUGGUGUGUUGGUUGGAGAGUUUAACAGCAGCAACCAGCAGCUCCGACUGAUCAACCACCUGCUCAGGUUUAAAGGUGGAGCAGCAGCCAGAGACCAGACAGAGGUUCAUCUGCAGCAGCGUCACGGUCACUUCCUGUUCUACAGCUUCCUGUUCUCUGCUGCUGCUGGCACCAUCAUCAUCACCACCUGCAUCCUCAUUUUUAUCAUUUGCAACCACAGACACUGGCUGCGGAGCUCCAGAGGUGGAUCCCAGGAUCAGCUGCUGCUGCUGGGCGUCCUGCUGUCGUCCUCCUCGGUUCUGGUCUCUGCACUGGACGGAUUAUCGCUGUCGGACCAAACGUCUGAGAUCCUCUGCUCCGUCCGUCUGUGGACUCUGUCUCUGGGACACACUGUGGGCAUCACUGUGCUCUUCAACAAGGCCUGGAGUCUCUACUCACUGCACAGCUUCAACCACAAGCGGCAGCGGCGGCCUGCAGGUGGCGUCCUGCUCUGGUUCUUCCUGCUGGAUGUGCUUGUUUUGAUCUCCUGGCAGAUCCUGGACCCCCUCAGACGGGUGGUCCUUCAGCACAGCACGGAGGUGGACCCUGCAGAUCCAGACAUUCUGAUCCGUCCGUUCUCUGAGCGCUGCAGCAGCACCAACAUGGAGAUGUGGAUCAGCACCAUCUGCUCAUAUAAAGCUCCUCUACUGGGUCUCGGCUGUUUUGUUUCCUGGAGCAUCAGAUCUGCAGAUGUCUCUUCGGUCCGACUCCUGGUUUUGACUGUGUUCGCUGUGACGGUGUUCAGCGUGUCGGGACUCUUGGGGUCACUACUGACUUCCCAUGAUCCUCCUGUGCAGCUCUGUGUGAGCGGCGUCCUCGUCCUCUGCUGCAACGACUUCAUCCUGGUCGGACUGUUCGGACCAAAGAUUGUGUUGGUUUGUUGGCGCAGCAGCGACUUGCAGCCGCCGACGGAGCUGCAGAUUGAAGCAGCCGAGGAUGAAGAUCUGCUGAGGAGGAUGAAGCUGCAGCUGCAGAGUCAGAGCGCUCAGCUGGAUGUUCAGAUAGAAACCAUCAUCAUGCAGCUCUGUGAGGAGUCGGAGUCAGAGACGCUGCACCAUCUGACCAGAGAAAAACCAGGUAAACACAGGUGUGUGAGGUGGACUCAUGAUGCUCAGGUCUGUGCUGACAUCAGAAGCUCCAAGGCAGAAGCUUCAGGUCCAGACGACAUCAACUCACCUGAACAUGUUGGUCGCCGUCUGUCCAUCCAGCUGCCCAUCCUCCAUCACUCCUACCUGCCCGUCAUCGGUGGCAUCAGCAGCUCCAGCAGCUCCAGUCUGUUUGGAAGCCAUGACGCCUUCCUGUACCACCAUGACAACUUCCUGUACUCCUGACAGUUUCCUGUACCACCAUGACAGCUUCCUGUUCGCCUCCUGUAUGCUGCAGCCAAUCAGAGGACAGCUUGGACUACAUCAUUAGGACCAGAACUGUGGUUCUGCUUCUGUUUUUAUAUGUGUGGAGAUAAAUGUGUGGUUUUGGUUCAACACUGUUCCACUGACUGAUAACUUGAUUUGUAAGAAAAAUAAAAAAAGUGGUAAAAGCCACGUUGG